GUCCCUGUUCCGGCUGCGUGGUGCCUGCCAGGUGCUCAGUCAGAGCCGGUGUGUGUGCGGGACUCGCUGGAGGAGUGAAGGACAGUAAAGCAAUUCGGGAUCCAUGGCUUCCAGGCGCAUGAACCUCACCAAUAUCUGCUUUCUUCUGCUGUAUGUCGCCGCAGGUGUGCUAGCGGGGCGUGAUUUCUACCAGAUUUUGGGGGUUUCAAGAUCAGCUUCCAUCAAGGACAUUAAAAAGGCUUACAGGAAACUGGCAAUGCAGUUACACCCCGACCGAAACCCCGACGACCCCAAAGCACAGGACAAAUUCCAAGACCUCGGGGCCGCCUACGAGGUGCUGUCUGACGAGGAGAAGCGGAAGCAGUAUGACGCGUACGGGGAGGAGGGGUUGAAGGAGGGGCACCACAGCUCCCAUGGGGAUAUCUUCUCCAGUUUCUUUGGAGACUUUGGGUUCAUGUUUGGCGGUAACCCGCGGCAACAGGACAGGAACAUCCCUAGAGGAAAUGACAUCAUAGUCGAUCUAGAGGUCACCCUGGAAGAAGUAUAUUCUGGGAAUUUUGUGGAAGUGGUUCGGAAUAAGCCUGUCGCUAAAGUGGCCUCAGGAAAAAGGAAAUGCAACUGCAGACAGGAAAUGAGGACGACACAGCUGGGGCCCGGCCGCUUCCAAAUGACCCAGGAAGUGGUUUGUGACGAGUGUCCCAAUGUCAAGCUAGUGAACGAGGAGCGCACUCUGGAGGUGGAGAUUGAGCAAGGGGUCCGAGACGAGAUGGAGUACCCCUUCAUUGGGGAAGGUGAACCGCACAUUGAUGGGGAGCCAGGAGACCUGAGGUUCAAGAUUAAAGUGAUGAAGCACCCCGUUUUUGAGCGGAGGGGAGACGAUCUCUACACGAAUGUGACAAUCUCGCUGGAGGAGGCUUUGGUGGGAUUUGAAAUGGACAUCACACACCUGGACGGACACAAGGUGCACAUCAUCCGGGACAAGAUCACAAAGCCAGGCGCUAAGCUGUGGAAGAAAGGAGAGGGCCUGCCCAACUUCGACAACAACAACAUCCGCGGCUCACUGAUCAUCAGCUUCGAUGUGGAGUUUCCACGAGAGCAGCUGUCCGAGCAGCAGAAGAAGGGUAUCCGAGAGCUGCUGAAACAGGAGCCGAUACAGAAGGUUUACAAUGGGCUGCAAGGUUACUGACCACAAGCAAAAGGGACUUUAUAAAACAAAAAGAAACCUGCAUUCUGGGGUUGUAUUUAUUAUCAUCAGUCUGGGUUUUUUUGUUUUUUAAAAGUUUUGAAAGUUUUUUGAGAAAUGGAUGUCCUGUUUUCUUAAAAUCUGUAAAUUUUGUAAAGGAUUGGGGGUAGGUUAGAUAGGGGAGGCUGAAGAAUAUUUGAACCCUUUUAAAAGUGGAACAGGAAGGUGCAGGUGUUACUCAUUGGCGUCUGAAGCCCAGCUCCGGUCCAUGUGCCCCCUCUACAGGUCCCGCCAGCUCCAGGGGGUGCACCGAAGGACUCCCAUUUACAAGCGCACCAUACCCCAGCCCACCCCCUGCUGGCUGCAGGACUCUGCAAACUUGUGUCCUGAUCACCAGCGGCUGGUCCCUCAAACGUCCCAUUGCUAAACACUCACCUGAUUUGUCCCCCACCUCUUCUCGGUCUCAAACUCCUUUGAUUAUUUUUUAAGUGUUGGCCGAUUUCUUUUCCUUUUUUAGUUAUUUUUAUUUUCUUUUAACAUGUUUUUUUUUUUUUUUUUUUUUUUUUUUACAUGCCUUUGAAUGGUUGGGGGUUGCUUCUCAAAUUGUGUAUUGUGUGUGUGUGUAGGAGGUGUGUGGGGCUCCCAUACUGUAAGAACAUCUGUAAAAAAUAAAUAAAUAAAUAAAUCCUGGGACGGCGUGCAGGGAACAACGCUGCUGAAUGUCCACAAGCUCCACACACUGCCCUCUCCUUACCCCUCACUGCUCCAGCAGCAGCCUGGCUGUGGACUCCUCUUGUCUUCCUCACCGUCAUGUGCUACUUUAACCCACGCUGCAUUCUGUCCAACGUCCUCAAUUGAGGCG